AUGCCAGUUUGCGGCUUUGGUCCGGAUUGGCGAAAAUCAAAUAACAAAUAUGAUAAGAAUCAAGUAUCUAUAGAUGUAUUUGAACAAUUAAUAUGUCAAGAUGGCAAUGUUUUGAAUUAUGAAGUAAUAGGCUCGAUCAAAAUAAAUGCAAUGCUAUCUGGUAUGUCAAGUCUAAAGAUUGGUUUUAAUGAUAGGUAUAUCAUUAAAGAUUCAUUAAAAAAGUAUUUAAUAAACAAUGAACAAGAGUAUAAUACAGAAGAGAUAAAGGAUAUAAAGCUUCACAAAAGUAUUAGAUUACCAAAGUUUGUGAAAGAGAAUACUCUAGUUUUUGUUCCACCAGACGGAGAGUUUGAGUUGAUGUCAUAUCGUAUCGAAGCAAUAACCAAACCAUUGAUUUCAGUCGAAUGUAUCAUAACUCCAGAUUUUCAAUUAAACAACAACAACAACAACAACAACAACAACAACAACAAUGUACAAUAUAUAAUUCGAGUAAAAUCAUUGUUCAAAUACAACUUAUUUGCCAAGAAUGUUAUUAUAAUUAUUUCAUUGCCAAAAGAUACCGAUACGAUAAAAUUUAGUGUACGUAAAACCAAAUCUGCAAAAGGCAAAUGUAAAUAUGUAGUAGAACAAAAUGCUAUUAUUUGGGAGAUAUUAGAAUUCCCUGGUAACAAAGAGUUUGUAACGAAAGCACACUUUGAACUGGCAUCAUCAAACAUGGAUGACUGCUACAUACUUUGUAAUAAAUCAUCAUCGAUUAAGUUACAAUUCGAAUUUCAACAAACUAUUUCGGGAAUUCAAGUUAGAUAUCUUCGAAUGUCUGAGCAUGGUGCAACAGAUGACCAAAGUGUGCAAUCAUCUAUUCGCUACUUAACAAAAAGUGGUGACUAUCAAAUAAGAACAUCAUACAAUUAA